UCUUUGGCUUCAACGUCGGCGGUGCCUGCACGAGCCACCACCAAACAUGCUACAGAGCUGGCGAAUACUUUGUCUGCUAGUCGCAGGUUCACUCCUACCUUCUCUGUCUCUAGCUGGGCCGUCCUUCGAAAACACAGCUGUUGUGCGCACCAUCGAGCUGGGUGGGUCAGUGGUCCACGUCAGCACGACAUACGCUAUCAAGGCACUCGAAGCUGGCCAGACAGUGUACCACAUCGCACUCGCCAAAGAUGAGAAAGAAAAGACAAGCUGGAUGGAGGCCAAGGUCAAGGGCCAAGCAAACCCUCUCGUCGUAACUGUUCUUGACGAGGAUGAUGCAGCUGCCUCCAGUUUGAUAGCCGUGAAUUUGCCAAGGCAAUUGUCUGCCAAUGGCACUCUCAACCUUGUUUUUGAGUCCGUUCAAACACACGCGACGCGUCCGCAUCCCGAGCGCGCAGCCCAGACCGACCCGCAGCUUCUUAACUACGAGACAGGCCUCUUUGUUCUCAGUCCGUACAAUACUCUCGUCCAGCGUACUAAAGUCAAGUCUCUAUCCCCCGACGUUAUUUCCUACUCCACUCCGCAAGACGUCGACGAAUUCGUCCGAGAUGGCGCUGUGGUGACCAAGUCAGGAGCUACCAUAACGUAUGGUCCUUAUCACAACAUUCACCCCUCUGCGGACGUGGAGUUCGUUUCCAACCAUCAACAAACUAUUUCCGUCCACUACAACUUUGACUAUCCUGUUUUGGAGGUCAAAAACCUCGAGCGUUCGAUUGAAAUCAGUCAUUGGGGCGCCAAUUUGAAUGUCGAGGAUAAGAUCCACCUAUACAAUGCUGGUCCGGCGCUCAAAGGCCAGUUCUCCCGCCUGGAGUACCAAAGCCAGAACUUCUUUGGGCGUUUAUCUCCACACACGCUCAAUCGCUUGAUCCUCCAGCUUCCGCCUGGUGUCACUAAUGUGUACUACUAUGAUUUGAACGGUAAUGUAUCCACCUCUAAUUUACGCGUAGCACCGUCCGUGCCCAAGAAUAGCAAGGCGACCCAGAACAGCAUCCUUGAUAUGCGUCCUCGCUAUCCUCUUCUUGGCGGAUGGAAUUAUUCCUUCACGCUCGGCUUCGAUACUCCCUUGCAGGACUCGGUCAGCUGGGACGCGGCCAACGGCAAGUAUAUCGUUGCUGUGCCGGUGACAACGCAUAUCCCUGGUUCCGUUGUGGAUGAAGCGAUAGUCAAGAUUAUCAUGCCUGAAGGAGCUAGCAACAUCGAGUUCAUCUCACCUUUCCCGGCGCUAUCAAGCAGUGCUUCCACUCAUAUCACAUACCUGGAUACGAUCGGCCGUCCGGCUGUCGCACUCGCAUACAAGAAGUUGACUGGAAAGCACACUGGAAUGAUCUACGUUUCGUACAGUCUUCCGUUUUUCGCACACCUUCGGAAGCCACUCGCAGUUGGGACAAUGUUCUUUGGCCUGUUUAUGCUUGGCUUCACUGCGAAACGUGUAGACUUGAGGCUGCAUAGGCGUUGAUGUACAUUUACAUAGACUAGCCUGCUUCUACAGGGGCAAUACCAAAAAGGAUGAUUCAUAUUAUGUCAUGAAUUCCCCCGCCUAUGGAAAUUACUUG